AUGAUCAUUGCCGACAAAGUUGAUGGUGCAAUUUUAUUAUAUACUUCCCCAUUUAACUACUUGAAAGAAAAAGAAAGUGAUGGAAGUCUCCUUUCCCAAUUGACCAAAAACGUGGCAAACACAAUAACAAAGAAAACUGGCUUAGUACAGGAGCUAUCUGAGACACUUGUCUGGCUCUCGUCGUCACUUUUCAACAUCUCAAAAGCUUUAACAGAAUCAAGUAACGGCACUUCACUGAUACAGAAAGGACAUGUAGACAUCAAGAUUAGUCUCUAUUGCACUAAAUCAAUAUUACUAUAUUGA